AUGUCCUGCCGCUCCUACCGGAUCAGCCCAGGAUGUGGGGUCACCAGGACCUUCAGCUCCUGCUCGGCUGUGGCCCCCAAAACUGGCAACCGCUGCUGCAUCAGCGCGGCACCCUACCGAGGGGUGUCCUGCUACCGGGGGCUGACGGGCUUCGGCAGCCGCAGCCUCUCCAACCUGGGCUCCUGCGGGCCCCGCAUGGCCGUGGGCGGCUUCCGCGCCGGCUCCUGCGGCCGCAGCUUCGGCUACCGCUCCGGCGGCGUGUGCGGGCCCAGCCCGCCCUGCAUCACCACCGUGUCGGUCAACGAGAGCCUCCUCACGCCCCUCAACCUGGAGAUCGACCCCAAUGCUCAGUGCGUGAAGCAUGAGGAGAAGGAGCAGAUCAAGUGUCUCAACAACCGGUUCGCUGCCUUCAUCGACAAGGUGCGCUUCCUGGAGCAGCAGAACAAGCUUCUGGAGACCAAGUGGCAGUUCUACCAGAACCAGCGCUGCUGUGAGAGCAACAUGGAGCCCCUGUUCAAUGGCUACAUCGAGACGCUGAGGCGGGAGGCCGAGUGCGUGGAGGCCGACAGCGGGAGGCUGGCCUCGGAGCUCAACCACGUGCAGGAGGUGCUGGAGGGCUACAAGAAGAAGUAUGAAGAGGAGGUGGCUCUGAGAGCCACGGCAGAGAACGAGUUCGUGGUUCUGAAGAAGGACGUGGACUGCGCCUACCUGCGGAAAUCAGACCUGGAGGCCAAUGUGGAGGCGUUGGUGGAGGAGUCUAGCUUCCUGAAGCGCCUCUACGAUGAGGAGCUCCAGGUUCUCCAUGCCCACAUCUCAGACACCUCGGUCAUCGUCAAGAUGGACAACAGCCGGGACCUGAACAUGGACUGCGUUGUGGCCGAGAUCAAGGCUCAGUACGACGACAUCGCCAGCCGCAGCCGGGCUGAGGCCGAGUCCUGGUACCGCAGCAAGUGCGAGGAGAUGAAGGCCACGGUGAUCCGGCACGGGGAGACCCUGCGCCGCACCAAGGAGGAGAUGAACGAGCUGAACCGCAUGAUCCAGAGGCUGACCGCUGAGAUCGAGAAUGCCAAGUGUCAGCGGGCCAAGCUGGAGGCCGCCGUGGCCGAGGCAGAGCAGCAGGGCGAGGCGGCCCUGAGCGACGCCCGCUGCAAGCUGGCCGAGCUGGAGGCCGCCCUGCAGAAGGCCAAGCAGGACAUGGCCUGCCUGCUCAAGGAGUACCAGGAGGUGAUGAACUCCAAGCUGGGCCUGGACAUCGAGAUCGCCACCUACAGGCGGCUGCUGGAGGGCGAGGAACACAGGCUGUGUGAAGGUGUGGGCUCCGUGAAUGUCUGCGUCAGCAGCUCCCGUGGCGGAGUCUCCUGCGGGGGCCUCACAUGCAGCACCACCCCGGGGCGCCAUAUUGCCUCUGGCCCCGUGGCCACCGGAGGCAGCAUCACGGUGAUGGCGCCCGACUCCUGUGCCCCCUGCCAGCCCCGCUCCGCCAGCUUCAGCUGCGGGAGCAGCCGGUCUGUCCGCUUUGCGUAG